AUGUUGGACCCGUCGUCCAGCGAGGAGGAGUCGGAGGAGCUGGUGGAGGAGGAGAGCGGCAAGGAGCCGCUGGCUCCCGCCGCGGCGCGGCUCUCGCCCAGCCGCCCCGGCGAGGGCCCGGGCGGCGGCGGCGGCGGCGGCGGUGCCGGCGGCGGUGGGAGCGCCGGGGGGCUGCAGCCCGGCGGGCGCGGCAGCAGCGCGGCGCGGCCCGCCAGCCCCAGCCCCUCGGUGGCCAGCGAGAAGGAGAAGGACGAGCUGGAGCGGCUGCAGCGGGAGGAGGAGGAGAGGAAGAAGAAGCUGCAGCUCUACGUCUUCGUCAUGCGCUGCAUCGCCUACCCCUUCAACGCCAAGCAGCCCACCGACAUGGCCCGCCGGCAGCAGAAGAUAAGUAAGCAGCAGCUCCAGACAAUCAAAGAUCGUUUCCAGGCCUUUCUCAAUGGAGAAACCCAGAUUGUGGCAGAUGAAGCAUUUAUAAACGCUGUCCAGAGCUACUACGAGGUGUUCCUGAAAAGCGACCGCGUUGCCAGGAUGGUGCAGAGCGGAGGGUGCUCAGCAAACGACUCCCGGGAGGUCUUCAAGAAGCACAUUGAGAAGAGAGUGCGCAGCCUGCCAGAAAUUGAUGGCCUCAGCAAGGAGACAGUGCUGAGCUCUUGGAUGGCAAAGUUUGAUGCUAUUUACCGUGGGGAGGAGGAUCCCCGGAAGCAGCAGGCCAGGAUGACAGCGAGCGCUGCCUCGGAGCUCAUUCUCAGCAAGGAGCAGCUCUAUGAGAUGUUCCAGAACAUUUUGGGGAUCAAGAAAUUUGAGCAUCAGCUUCUCUACAAUGCAUGUCAGCUGGACAACCCUGAUGAGCAAGCAGCACAGAUCAGACGUGAGUUAGAUGGACGUCUCCAAAUGGCAGAACAAAUUGCUAAGGAGCGCAAGUUUCCCAAGUUUGUGUCCAAAGAAAUGGAGAACAUGUACAUUGAGGAGCUGAAGUCAUCUGUCAAUCUCCUGAUGGCAAACUUGGAGAGCAUGCCUGUGUCUAAAGGAGGCUCUGAGUUCAAGCUGCAGAAGCUGAAGCGUAGCCACAACACCUCAAUAAUUGACAUGGGAGAGGAAAAUGAGAACCAGCUUUCCAAGUCAGACGUCGUGUUGUCGUUCUCCCUGGAGGUUGUCAUCAUGGAGGUGCAGGGGCUGAAGUCGCUGGCCCCCAACCGCAUCGUGUACUGCACCAUGGAAGUUGAAGGUGGGGAGAAGCUGCAGACAGACCAGGCUGAAGCCUCAAAGCCAACCUGGGGCACCCAAGGAGACUUCACAACAACCCAUGCACUUCCUGCAGUGAAGGUGAAGCUGUUCACGGAGAGCACAGGAGUGCUGGCUCUGGAGGACAAAGAGCUUGGGAGGGUUGUUCUCCACCCUACUCCUAAUAGCCCAAAGCAGUCAGAGUGGCACAAGAUGACUGUUUCCAAAAACUGCCCCGAUCAAGACCUGAAGAUCAAGCUUGCUGUGCGAAUGGAUAAGCCUCAAAACAUGAAGCACUCUGGGUAUUUAUGGGCCAUUGGUAAAAAUGUUUGGAAGAGAUGGAAGAAACGAUUCUUUGUCCUGGUCCAGGUUAGUCAAUAUACAUUUGCUAUGUGCAGCUACCGGGAGAAAAAAGCAGAACCUCAAGAGCUGCUGCAGCUGGACGGAUACACUGUGGACUACACCGACCCGCAGCCAGGUUUGGAUGGUGGCAGAACAUUCUUCAACGCUGUGAAGGAAGGAGACACGGUGAUUUUUGCGAGUGACGAUGAGCAGGACCGAAUCCUGUGGGUCCAAGCCAUGUACCGAGCCACUGGCCAGUCCCACAAACCUGUGCCACCUACCCAAGUGCAAAAGCUAAAUGCUAAAGGAGGAAAUGUACCCCAGAUAGAUGCUCCAAUCUCUCAAUUUUAUGCAGAUAGAGCUCAAAAGCAUGGCAUGGAUGAAUUUAUCUCUUCCAAUCCCUGUAACUUUGACCACGCUUCACUCUUUGAGAUGGUUCAGCGCCUCACUUUGGACCACAGACUUAAUGAUUCCUAUUCUUGUCUGGGCUGGUUUAGUCCUGGCCAGGUCUUUGUGCUAGAUGAGUAUUGUGCACGUAAUGGAGUGAGAGGCUGUCACAGACAUCUCUGCUACCUCAGAGAUUUGCUAGAGCGCGCAGAAAACGGAGCUAUGAUUGACCCCACCUUACUUCACUACAGCUUUGCCUUUUGUGCAUCACAUGUUCAUGGCAACAGGCCUGACGGGAUAGGAACGGUGACCGUGGACGAGAAGGAGCGUUUCGAGGAGAUCAAGGAGCGGCUCCGCGUGCUGCUGGAGAAUCAGAUCACACAUUUCAGGUACUGCUUUCCAUUUGGCCGUCCAGAGGGUGCACUGAAAGCCACUCUGUCGCUGCUGGAGAGGGUUCUGAUGAAAGACAUAGUUACUCCGGUCCCUCAAGAGGAGGUAAAAACAGUCAUCCGUAAAUGCUUGGAGCAAGCAGCUCUAGUCAAUUAUACUCGACUAUCAGAGUAUGCCAAAAUUGAAGGGAAAAAGAGAGAAAUGUAUGAGCAUCCUGUCUUCUGCUUGGCCUCUCAAGUGAUGGAUUUAACCAUUCAGAAUCAAAAGGAUGCAGCCCGUCCGCCCAAGCCUAAGCCGCCGGCUGGGCCACCAUCAUCUCCUCAAACGCAGACUAACAUGAUAGAUCAUAUGCUCAAAGGCAUGGCCAAACAGCCGCCAAAGAAUGUAGGCCGGUUAGUCACACCAGCUAAAAAGUUAGAAGAUACAAUACGUCUGGCAGAGUUGGUAAUUGAAGUCCUACAGCAAAACGAAGAGCACCAUGCAGAGGCCUUUGCUUGGUGGUCAGACCUAAUGGUUGAGCACGCGGAGACCUUCCUGUCGCUGUUUGCCGUGGAUAUGGAUGCAGCAUUGGAGGUGCAGCCCCCAGACACCUGGGACAGCUUCCCACUCUUCCAGCUCAUAAACGAUUCCCUCCGUAGUGACUAUAAUUUGUGCAAUGGAAAAUUCCACAAACACCUCCAAGACCUGUUUGCUCCACUUGUUGUUAGAUAUGUCGAUCUGAUGGAGUCCUCAAUUGCACAGUCAAUUCACAGGGGCUUUGAGCGGGAGUCAUGGGAGCCAGUAAAGAGUUUAACAAGUAAUCUGCCCAAUGUGAAUCUACCAAAUGUGAAUCUCCCUAAAGUACCAAAUCUACCAGUUAACAUCCCACUAGGCAUCCCACAAAUGCCUAGCUUUUCUGCACCGUCAUGGAUGGCUGCUAUUUAUGAUUCUGACAAUGGAUCAGGCACCUCAGAAGAUAUGUUCUGGAAACUUGAUGCCCUACAGACCUUCAUCCGGGAUUUGCACUGGCCUGAGGAGGAGUUUGGGAAGCACUUAGAGCAACGCUUGAAGCUCAUGGCAAGUGACAUGAUCGAGUCCUGUGUGAAAAGAACAAGGAUUGCAUUUGAAGUAAAACUGCAGAAAACCAGCCGAUCAACAGAUUUCCGAGUCCCUCAAUCAAUAUGCACCAUGUUUAAUGUCAUGGUGGAUGCCAAAGCUCAGUCUACAAAGCUUUGCAGUAUGGAAAUGGGCCAAGAGUUUGCAAAAGAGUGGCACCAGUACCAUUCAAAAAUAGAUGAACUAAUUGAGGAAACCGUCAAAGAAAUGAUAACACUCCUAGUGGCAAAGUUUGUCACCAUUUUGGAAGGAGUCUUGGCCAAACUGUCUAGAUAUGACGAAGGAACAUUGUUUUCUUCAUUCCUGUCAUUUACUGUGAAGGCUGCUUCCAAAUACGUGGAUGUACCCAAGCCAGGAAUGGAUGUUGCUGAUGCCUAUGUGACAUUUGUCCGCCACUCUCAGGAUGUCCUGCGUGAUAAGGUCAAUGAGGAGAUGUAUAUAGAAAGGUUAUUUGAUCAAUGGUACACCAGCUCCAUGAGUGUCGUGUGCACUUGGCUGACAGACCGCAUGGACCUGCAGCUCCACAUCUACCAACUGAAAACUCUCAUUAGGAUAGUAAAGAAAACAUACCGAGAUUUCCGAUUGCAAGGCGUGCUGGACUCCACCUUGAACAGCAAAACCUACGAGACCAUCCGGAACCGGCUGACGGUGGAGGAGGCCACGGCGUCGGUCAGCGAGGGCGGGGGGCUGCAGGGCAUCACCAUGAAGGACAGCGAUGAGGAGGAUGAGGAGGACGACUAGGGAAGCUGGAGCAGCGGCUGGGCUCGCCUGGUAUCCGUGCAUGUACCUCGUCUGUAACUCAGUUAGCCACAUUAGGAAUUUUUAUGUCAGCUCUAAAUGCCCAUGAGAAGUUUACCAAUACAAAUGCCAUGUUAGCUGUGUGGUAAUAAGAUUAGCACCUCUCUUUGAUUCAUCAGUUUCCUAAUUUCAUAUCUAUAUGUUCAUAAGCAAUAUGGAGCACCAUUGUUUAAUACUGUUAAUGGAAAAACUACAUAGAAAACAUCCUAGGUGUGUCCCUGUUAUUAAAGUUUAAACAAUGCUUCAUUAAUGUACUGUAUAUACAUUGAUGGUAAAUUGUUGUGAAGAUGAGUGACUCGAGUCCUUUCAUUUCUUUCUCUUCUGUGGAUGCCAACUGCUUAAAAUUAAUUAAAAAAACAGCUUUGUUUUUAAAAGAAAAAACAGGCAAUUACAAAUGAUUUUUUUGUUCUCUCUGUUCAUUUAAAAACCAGAAAACAAACAAACCCAGACAGCCGUUUGAAUCAUUCUGCAUCCUUGUUAAUGUACCAGGCUCUUCCCUUCGAUAUGCAGUUAACUCCAUAGAGACUACAUCCCAAAGGAUUAGUCAUUCUAAUUGCCACACCAGAUUAAUCCUAUCAUUAUGGAUAUAUCAUGCCACAUUACAAGUCCAAAGCAGUUGUUUUAUGUUGACGUUUGCUCCUCUAAAUGUUACAUUUUUGUUUAAAUUUCAAAUAACCGUGUAUGUACAAAGACAACUUUAAUUACAAUCUUAGACUCUACAAAUGUGUUUAUAAUAAUAUAUUGAAUAUUUAUUUCGGUAGAUUGUAACCAUAAUUUACAAUUCCUCUGUUUCACAAUCGUUUUUAUAUAUGUCAUGUACAUUGCAUUUUGACCAGUAACUGCAUGUCCAUCAGUUCCUUCUCCAGAGCUUUUACUUUCUGUGUAAAAUAGUGAUCCGUCUUGCUUUUUUUGCCUUAUACAAGCCGACAGUUGUAAAAGUGUGAGAACUGUGGCUUCUCAAUAAAUAACUAUUCAGAUGUCCUAAUAAUAAAUUAUGGAGUCUUUUUAUGUCUGCCUUAGAAAAAAUACCAAACCAAGCUGAGAUGUAAGAGCCCCAACCUCACAGAAUAAAGGCAUUUUCUUUUCUCAUGGGUGUUCUUUAGUUUAUUAAUUAAGAAGAUGGUUUCCUGAUUUGCUCCCCGAGGUCAGGAUUGGGAGUGCACUGUCUGUUCCCCAGGUACAAGGGCAUUUCUGCCAUGACCCUCACAGCUGUUUCCACUAUUAUCUGCCCUUUAUGUCCUGUGAUUUGUCCCUUAGAAUCUAAUUGAUGUCUGCUCUGGUUCAGCCCCUGUCAUUAUAUGGCCAUCAGCCUUACCCAACUCUUACCUUCCUUCAAAAGGCCUCAGUUUGUAUUUUUUCCCAAAGCCAACUGCAACAGCACUUGGACACACAGGGCAGAGACAAACCCCAGUUUAAAUUAAAUAAAAGUCUGGUUUGAUGGAAAGCAUGUUUAAAGGAAGCACACUUGAGCUGGCUGCCCAGAGAGGUCAUGGAUAUCCCAUCCCUGAAAAUGCUUAAGGUCAGAGGCUCUGAGCAACCUGGUCUGGUGGGAGGUGUCCCUGCCCAUGGCAGGGGCUUGGAAUCAGAUCAUCUUUGAGGUCCUUUCCAACCCAAUCCAUUCUGUGAUUCUCUGUUAGGUUGAGAGUUUUUUGAGAAUAUUUGCAGUCCCUCCCUCCCAUCAGCCAAUUCACACCAGAACUGGUUCCUGCUAGCCCAGGUCUCAGGCAUUUGAGAGAGCAGCAGAACUGGUGUGCUUUACCCCCAAACAAAUGUUCAUCCCUCACAAAUAAAAGAUGGGCAAAUGGAAAAACAUCCUACCUGGAUGAGCCUUCCUGACAUAAUUAACAAUUAAACUAAAUCAUCUUCCAGAGCCCAAGAGGCGUGAGACCCACCCUGGACAUAUGGGAGGAGAUUGGGACCCCUGGAACUGCCUGUGAAGGGGGUGUUGAGUCCCAGACUGGGCUGGGAUAGUUAUGGAGCCUGGAGCAUACUCACCUGCAGUGCUGGAUUUUUGGGUCCCUUCCCUCUGUGUCAGAGUUUAGCAGGAGCUGUGGAGGUGCUGUGCAGCUCCACCUGGUUGGCCACACCCUACACAUUCAGCAUCCACCUUUCCCAGGUGUCCUGGGAACACCACCCCCUUGGAACAGGGGCUUUUGCAGGGGCUUCACUUUAGGAGUGCGUGGUGGAUGUGCACACUUAGCACCAUUUACAUGUUGAGAAGCCAUCUGAUACAACAGAAUAGAUUAAUUUUGAACCCUGACUGUAGCCCAGCAGGGUUGAUUUGUGUCUUGCUGCUGGUAGAGGGAAGCAUUGCCAGAAAAAGCUACUUCUAAGG